GUCUUCUGUUCCUUUGUGGCACAUUAUUGUUUUACUGGCUUCUGUACAACACUUGACUUUGCCGCCAACUGUACGAACAUUUCGACAAAGGAAAAAAAAAGCUGUAUCUAGAUGAGAACUGCAUGAACCUACACAGGUUGCAAGGGUCUAUUGCUUACUUUUGCCACAACUAUGCCUUGUAUGUCUCGACCUAUCUUUUCUGACGGCCCAAGAGCCGUCCAGCCAACCUAUCGGCGAGCGUCUGCUCCUGAGUCCUCCACCACAACAAAUCGCGACACAGUCUCAAAGCAACCAUCAUGCUCUGGCGACUAUUACCGUGGCUGCUGUUGUGGCUGCAAGGAGUGUGGUUGCCACACGUCGCCUAUGAAAGAUGAAACGAGUCGCCAUCAACGCAACAACCCCAAGGGGCGGACUAUCCCCAUGCCGGAGAAUGCGGCGACGGUCCUUCCAUGGGCUCCAUCAUCCCUCAGUACUAUCCAGUCGAACGACCAGCCUUUCAGCUUCAACAAUAGCUUCGAAGUGGACGACACUCACUUGCCAACCACCGAACUCGCUCAAAACGAGCUUGUUUCCACAAUGGAACAUGAUGAGGAUGAAGACCCAUGGACAACUGGCCAAUACCUGAGCCAGUCAGAUGAUAUCGACCUUGAAGAUUCCUCCAACAUGAUCGGAGCCGAGGACAUGGAUUACGCUUCAUUGUGCGUAGAGGCUGGGGGACCCAGCUCUGGAGAGGACUCGAUGCUUUCGAGCCAGUACGAAGCAUCUUUCCGACGCCCAUCUGGAAGUGUCACCACCUCGCAACUGAUCAAUGGUAUCGGGGCUGCCUUUGCGAAUCAAAUCCCUCCAUUUGCGGCAGCUCCGAUAGAGUGCCAACAUACCAGGGUGAGGCAAAUGUGUCAAGUUUGUCAACACUAUUGAGCCUGGACUUUGUGCCACAACUACGAGCCGCGAGGACGGGGACGGUCUUUUCAACAAAGUCCUGCUGUCGACGAUGGACUCUAGUUAUUGACUUUGUAUGAUUAUUCUUGUUCAUGAUGGUGGAUUUGUAUUGGCUUUCCCAAUACUUGUACAACAUUGAGGCAGUGGGUGAGCGUAGACGAGACGAUGAUUCUCGAUUAUGAUCCGCAGCCAAACACGGAG